UUUCAAAAGGAACAUGGCGUCUUUAAAGUGACACUGGUGUCUGUCGUAAAUUACCAUUUCCGAUGUGAGUUUUCUCGUGUUUUAGAGGUUUUUUGGCUGAAUCUUCCCUGCCAUGUGCCGCAAUUGUGCUUUACCUGAAUGGGGGGAGCCUAUAAAAGUUCCUGUUGGAGAACUUCCGCAGUUUUUCGCCAAGCAAAUCAGCUGGAACUUUGAGAGGCUAAACUACGGUGGAGGUGCUAUUAUGGAAACUGUUUCUGGCCGGCCAGAGCGUCCUUCAGUAACCGGACGGCUUGGCUGUAGAUUGAGGGAAGGCAUACAGCCUCCGACUAGAGGGAAACGUACUGAAAGAUACCUUCUUGUGAGCGAAUGUUUGUAUUGUCCCGGCAAAAGGUAUGGAUGCACUCCUAGGGCCAACUGUACGGGGAAGCGUCGGAAUUGCUACGCGAUGUGCAAAGUUACAGUGUAUGCCGAUGUGCCUGAUGUUGCUGAAGUUUCUUUCUCGGGUAGCCACGGAAGUGGGAAUGUCACAGAUCCUUCUUUACACAGAUCUCCACAUGACCCUAAAAGAAGACGGCUUGCCGAAGACGAUUCCAUCGAUCAAACACAGAGAUGGAAAGAAAGUGAUCGGCCAACAAUGGUAGAGUCUCUCAGUUCUGAUGGACCUAACCUCAACCAUCCAAGUACAAAUGUGGUAACAGUUGAUGUUGGGCAAAAUGUUAUAUUGACAGGAAGUAAUGUAGAUGUGGUGAACCCCCAUAACAAUUCAAGUUCACCAGAAAUUGUGCUUUGGACCUCAUCAGCUGGAGAACACCCCGGUAGUCAUCAAACUAGUGCCAGUUGGGCAAAUAGUAAUGGUUCCUCAAGUAGUGGACAAAGCACACCCAGUACGCCACUUAAUACACCAUUAUCUGUACCAGGAUUAACUCUUCAAUCUCCUACACAUACUAAUGCCAGAGGGGCUCCACCCAAGGCGCCUGGAUUAAAUUCACAAUCGAUUAGAGUCUGUCCAGGGCCAAAGAGCAGUAUAGGACAGCCCCUGUCUCCAUCAUGGAGAACAGAGGCAAAGUUUUCAGCAUCAAAGAUGCGUGUAAAUCAACAGCACCAUGACACGAAUCAAGAAAUCCUUACAUUAAAGCAACACAUUCUCAUACUUCAGCAAGAACAUUUAAGCAAAAUCUCUCGCAUAGCUGAACUGGAAGCUGAGCUUCAAAGCAUUAAGGAAAAUGAACUUUCCAGACUAGAGGUCCAAUUGCAAAGAUUGGAGAAGGAAAACCUGAAAAAAGAUGUUAGGAUUCUCCAGCUUGAGAAACAAUUGCAAGCAGCUGUAUUCUCUAGAGCAAAAAUGCCGUCAAGCUCAGUGGCAGUCCCUGUGCAGCAUCAGUCAGUUUCAGAUGGUGUCCCUUCACGUGUGCAUGUCGGUAAAUCCAAUGAUACCACAACAUCUCAUGUGGUGGGUGAGAAAGAUGAUGAUGAAGUGGAGGGAAAAAAAGAUCAGGAAGAGAAAGAAAUGGACAAGGAAGAUGAUAUUGGAGAUGACGAUGCACAUAGUGUAGAAGAAGUAUAGACUUAUGUUAUUUAGUGUAAAUAAACAAAACACAGUUACUAGUUUGAUACAGCUGUGCAGUUUAUAGAACCAUGAGAUGCAUUUAUCAUACUCUGUUUUUAUGUUACCAAAAUGUAGUAUUAGCUUUCACACAUCAAUACUUUAGAUUGUGAACAGUUCCUCUCAAUUUUGCACAAAUGCUGCAUACAUUGCAUGUAGAAUUGUAUAUGGAACCACCCCAAUCUUAGACUAUAUGACAUUAGAAUUAUGGGAAGGGGGGGCAGGUCAAACAACUACUGGUGUGGGAGCUCAGGGUAAGGAAUAGACUAGAGAUGAUGUCCCCCUCACACUUACCCAGUUUUGUGCUAUUGGUGUAGACAGUCUUCUAUCGCAUUGUAUUUUUAUAUGUUUCAUACAGUGUACAUUGCUCUUUCAAAAGAGAAAUUAACAACAUUCAUUUUAAACAUAAAUUUUUUAGGAUGUUAAUGUUUUUUUUUUGUUUGCUUAUAUUUAUUUAACAAGUAUUUUGCAUAGCAGGACAUUCCUGAAAAUAAAUAGCUGACAAGGUGUUACAUUUAAACUUAAGGCUUAUGCUGGAUGUACUUGAAACCUGAAGGCAUUUCAAAUUCAAAUUUGAGAGCUAUUACUGUGUAUUACUGCUAUUAUAUGUUUGGACUGUAGAAGAAUUGAAUUUGGUUAAAAACUUUGAUCAGAAGGAGAGGAUGAAAAGAAUAUAUUGUCUCAUACAUGUGGCAGCAUGAGAGCAGCCUUCAAGAAACAAAAUAGCUUUCUAUUUUGUUUCACUAUACACAUAGGAAACUUUGUCAAUUGAUCUUUCCAUCCUUAAAUUUUUAAAUUAAUAAUUAUACAAUGCCAUCUCUUCAAAAAUUGGAGAGCAUUAUACCAACAACAUACAAAUUUCUGUUCUGGGCAUGGUGUUGGAUUUUAAAAUUUUUUCUAGCAUUUGUCAAAAGCGAAGAAAAGUAACUUUUCAUUUGCUAGCAAUUUGCACUAAUUCAAAAUAAUGUUUUAGCUCAAUAUUUUUCAAAAAUGUUGGAUAUAUACCCUACCACUUUGCAGCAUGACAAAUAUCAAACACUAAUUACCUCCACUUUGGUGAAUGAUUGUUAAUUAUUGCAAGUUAAUUUGACACUGUCUUAAUUGUAACAGGCUGAACUGACCUCCACCUUAAAAAAAAGGUAAAAAUGGAAAAAACAAAAACAAAAACAAAA